CAGGAGAGAAACAGAUAAUUUAUUUUAAAAGUGUGCACUUAGUGCUGCUUAUUGGGAGUCUUUUACAGGUUUUGUUUUCAGACAAAAAGGUGCCUUCAGAUCAAGGAGAAUUAGCAAGUCCAGUUGUAAUAGCCUGGGAAUCUUGCAGCCCAUUAUUUUGACACUGUGAUUUUUUUGGAUGUUUCUGUAUUCAGCCCAUGCUGUUAAUAUACUUGUCUCAGUCUUUUGGAUAAACCUACGAGACGUGAGUUUCUUCCCAGAGUGAACUGACCUGGACACUCAGCAUGCACAACAGCAGUGCUGAAGCUCUGCAUGCGCCUGGAACGUGUAACGAGACCAUGUCUUCACAGCCACUGAGCUCAGAGUUCUCGCUGGGGGUGUUGGUGCUCCUGGCUGUCCUUAUGGUGCUGCUAGCUCUGAUCACAACCCUUGGAAACGCCUUGGUGAUCCUUGCUUUCAUACUGGACAGAAACCUCCGGCAUCGGAGUAAUUACUUCUUUCUCAAUCUUGCUAUUUCUGACUUUGCAGUGGGUGCAUUCUGCAUGCCUCUGUACAUCCCUUACAGCCUGACUGGGAAAUGGAAAUUGGGAAGAGGUGUCUGCAAGUUCUGGCUACUUAUGGACUAUCUACUGUGCACAGCUUCAGUAUUUAACAUUGUUCUUAUCAGCUAUGAUCGUUUUCUCUCUGUUACUAAAGCUGUAUCUUACAGAGUCCAGCAGGGAGCGGCCUCCAGCCCUGUUGUCAAGAUGGUAGCCAUCUGGGUCUUGGCCUUCCUCCUCUACUGCCCAGCAGUUCUCUUCUGGGAGCACGUGACCGGCUGCAGCGUGGUUGUGGAGGAUCAGUGCUACGCUGAGUUCUUCAACAACUGGUACUUCCUCCUGUGCGCCUCCACCUUGGAGUUCUUUGUACCACUGAUCUCAGUGACCUAUUUCAAUGUGCACAUCUUCUGGAAUAUCCAGAAGCGCCAGAGACGUGGCAGCGUGCAGGAGGGUGAACCUCCAAAGAGCAGCAGCUUGUCUUGGAGAUCUUGCCUCUUGCCAAGGCAAGGGGUGUCUUCUCCUGCAGAAGCAGAGGACAGCGUUUCUUCCUCUAUGAGGCCAAAGAAAGAGUCUUUGGUAACUGAAAGCUCAUCACCAUCCAGAGGCAAUUCUGUAACCCCAGAGAAUGAUCUCUCUGCUUCUUUCUGUGCAAAGACCAGGUCAAAACUGCAACAGGAUAAGAAAAUUGCGAAGUCACUUGCCAUAAUUGUGUGCGUCUUUGUCAUUUGCUGGGCCCCAUAUACGUUACUAAUGAUUAUUCGCGGAGCCUGCCAAGGAACUUGUGUCCAUAACUCCUUGUAUGAAAUUACGUUUUGGCUUUUGUGGCUCAAUUCGUCUUUGAACCCAUUUCUUUACCCUCUCUGUCAUGUUAAGUUUCGAAUGGCUUUCAUGAAAAUAUUAUGUCCCCAAAAGUUUGCAACAUUGAGAUCAAGCUCUUUUUAGAAGGAAAAAGCCCCAUACAGAUUUACAGCUGAAGAGCAGCUGUAGCUGUACUGAAUGAGGGAUGUAAAUGUCCAAGGUUUGUAAGUAGAGGUAAUAUCUUUCAGUAGAUUAAUCUAGUUAGAAAGGUUAGACAAACCUCUGGGCAAAUAUGUCCUCCUUCAGAGAAGCUUGCAUGCCCAGAAAUCUUGUGCUUUUCCCACCUAUUUCAAUUGACCAGGUAAAAGAUAUUGCCUCUAUCUUCCAAGCUUACCUUGACUUACCCUAUCAGACCAUCCACCUUAUCUUCACUCUGGUUGUUGAAGAUACUAUUUUCAAUAAUAGUACAGCUUUUAUUUGUGUUCAUGGAUGGUAUUAGUUAACAAAGCAAUAAAAAUGGGUAUUUGCUGUAAGAUCAGUAGUAUUCAAAAGGCAAUAUCUUCUAUCUUUUUGUUUUUGAACAGUUUGUACUGCAUUCAGAAGCAAUUUUUUCUUACUGUAAAAUACUCAGUUAAUUUGUGAUUUCUGUUGUCAGGCACAUGACAGGAUUACUUUCUUUCAUGAUGCUCAGCCAUCAGGAACAAUAUAGGGACUACUUUUAAAGACCUUAAUGAAGAUGUCCUCUGCAGAAAGGUAUUAAUCUAUCUACCUGAUCAGAUGAAGUGGUGGAGUAUUCAGGGGUAUAAGGCAUUUAUGCACAUCUUCAGCUGUUCUUUAAGAAACAAGCCUUCUACAGCUAUAGUUUUGAAAGAUCAUAGAAAAGAGUAACAUUUCCUAUUCAAAGCUAUUAUAGAAAUCAAGGCCAGGUCCAUAGGGAGCAGCAUGCUGACCACAGUGGGGAAUGUAUCUGUUACUGAAUAACCCAAGAGAGCAUCUUGCGGACUUUGGAAUGUGUGACCUCCUUGGAUCCCAUCUGAUUGAGCCACCACAAGAGCAUCAGCCUAGCCCUGAGUGGGGGGAAUGGGGCCUGGCUUAAACCAUCCUAUGCAAGAACACACCUUCUCUCUCUGUGAAGGAGCUGGCCUGCUCAUCAGAAAGAGUCAUUUGCUUUUCCCGAAUUUGUACAGUUAUACCCAGGGAGGAGAAACUCUGCUGCUGCCCACCCGGGAGGACAUGUGUGCAGUGGGCAGAGCAGUGCCAAGACUUUGUAGCCCCUCCGAAUCCUUUCCUGACUCCCAGUGAAACGGAAACCCAUGUUGUGAGAAAUGCAGGUCUUGCAGGCCUUUCUCAUUUCCAAAUAUGGUAUAAUGCAUGAGGACCAACUCAACUCCACACAUGAGCAAAAUCCCAUUCAGUUCAGUGUGCCCAUGGCCAAGCAAUUCAAAUAAUUGAGAAACAGCUUAAAUGUGAAUAUUCUAUCCCAUUUCUCCUCCUUUGUACAUCUUCUGUUUCUUUUAUGAGACCUUUGUUGGAGGUUAUGAUAAAUGGGUAAAUGUCUUACACAGUAAUGGUGUGUUCGGUUCGCUGCAGGAGCCAGAAAAAUGACUACCCUUAAUGGCUACUCAUAGUACGUGUGGUGAAUUAGCUGAGACAGAGGCGAGGUAAACUCCCUCCACUAUUCAGCUUCCAAAAUGUUUAAGGUUAUUUAGUUACAGAAUUCUGGAAUUAUUAUUCCUUACUAAAAUAAGCAGGUUUUUAUCUUUAAAAUAGAAAUAGUUUCUUUUCUUAACACUGCCAGUAAGUAUAAGGCUGGCAAAUGAAUGGAGGAAUAAAUACUAAAGAAACGUGAA